GAGCCAGCUACCCGUCAACAGCAGUGGUUACUGAAGCUGAAAAAGAGGCGGACAACUGGUCCGCACAAUGAAAAUUAACACGCCUCAAGUGUAGGUUUAAGCCACAGAAGACAGUCGUUUGUUCAUUUGUAAUUAGAACAGGUCCUCAGCCAACAAAAAGCCUGUCUUCGGUGUAUUGUGUAGCCGUGAGAGAUUAGAAAAACCCCAAAGAGCGAGGAUGUUGGUCCCCGCGGGAAGAUAAUGAAGAGGCUGCGCGUUUUGUUGGUGUGCCUCAUUGUAGCUCUCCUGUGCUGGUACCCCGGUCAACAUGUGUAUUGUUCAGAGCAGAGCUUGCCUGACCCAGGUCACUCUCCCGGGGACAAAAACCCUGACGGGCAGGAGCAGGACUCCACACAACACAAGGUGUUGGACGAAUGGACGCCACACACAUCAUACGAUAUGGGACUAGAGACGGAGAGAGCAGCACUAGAGAAGCUAGCAACACACAACGUACACCAAGAACAGACUGUGAAUCCUCAGGAAGCUGAGGUGAAGGAGACCAAGCCUGACCCAGAGUCUGAAACUGUACCUGUUGCUCCUGAGCCAGAACCCCACCCAGACCCCCAGGCUGAUUUGGACGUGCAGACUGACACCCAGGACCAUGACCGAGAAGUCCCUGUGUCCUCCACUCCAGAACCAGUUGCAGCACAGGACCAAGUGUCCACAGAUGCCCCCGCCCCAGUGGAGAUCUUCAGUGACGCCCCUGCUGCACACCCCAGCCUGGACUUAAACCCAGCCACAUCCCCAGAUGAAGCUGAAAACACACCUACCUCACAGAGUGCUGGCCAGACCCACACAGGUGCAGUGCGGGUUGCCAGUGCAGGAGAUGAACUCCCAGUAGACAACUUUGUUUUUGCUGAGCACUCUGAUUCACAGUGCGGGGUCAUUCCCCCAGAACUGGCAACUUGUGAAAACUCUCCUUUUGGCAGCCUUCUCCUCAGUGUGGAUGAGGCUGGCAUAGAGGACCAGCGUUCAGACCAGAGCCACAGCUAUCCUGGUCCUGAAGCAGAGGUCCAGUCUACUCCAGGCCAUGUGGACCAGGAACAACAGCUGGAGGAUGGGCUGUCUGAUUUGGACUGGGAGGGCAACAUUUCCCAACACCACCAAGAACAGCAGGAAGGGGAUGCCAGUAUUGCCAGGGAGACUGAUCCCUCAGUGCCCAGCAAAGAAGACAUCCCCACGUUCGACGAGUGGAAAAAACAAGUCAUGGAGGUGGAGAAGGAGAAAAGUCAGUCUCUCCAUACCUCAACCAGUGGCAGCCCCCAUCCAGUGAAGAAGGUCCAGAAAAACUUCAAGAAUAACUACGCUUCUGUGGAGUGUGGUGCCAAGAUACUCUCUGCCAACAAUGAGGCCAAGAGCACGUCAGCUAUUCUCAUGGAGAAUAUGGACCUUUACAUGCUAAACCCUUGCAGCAACAAAAUCUGGUUUGUGAUAGAGCUCUGUGAGCCAAUUCAAGUCAAGCAGCUGGACAUUGCUAACUUUGAGCUCUUUUCAUCAACACCUAAAGACUUUUUAGUUUCCAUCAGUGACAGAUAUCCUACCAACAAGUGGGUAAAGCUGGGUACUUUCCAUGCCCGCGAUGAGCGCAUAGUGCAGAGCUUCCCACUGGAUGAACAGCUUUAUGCUAAAUAUGUGAAGAUGUUCAUCAAGUACAUAAAGGUUGAACUCCUCUCCCACUUUGGAUCAGAACACUUCUGUCCGCUCAGUCUCAUCAGGGUGUUUGGUACCAGCAUGGUGGAGGAGUAUGAGGAGAUAGCAGAUUCCCAGUACCCUUCAGAGAGACUGGAGUACUUGGAUGAAGACUAUGAUUAUCCACCUGGCUACCAACCAUCAGAGGACAAGGCCUCUAAAAACCUGCUUGGCUCAGCAACCAAUGGCCAGGCUCGGAGGGGAACUGAACAAGAGAGAAUGGGGACUGAAGGAAAAGCUGAAGGAAAAGCUGGAAAAGAAGGUUUAGGACAGAAAAAUGCCAUCCUAAACAUGGUAAACAACAUUGCUGCUAAUGUGCUGGGCGGCAAGCCAGAGCUGGAGGGUGGAACAGCAACAGGAGGUAAUACAACAGCAGAGGAGAAUGAAAAGAAGGGAAGCACAGAAGUUACACCUAAACCAGCUGAAACACCUCAAGACUCUGCAGUACUGGAGCCUGCAGAGCCAGAACACCCUGCAACCCAGGAGGACUCUAAUGUCUCCAGUGAACCUUCCACGCCUUCCCCCUCAUCACCCGACUCCCAUGAGGACAGACAGAUUGUCACUCUGGUAGAGGAGGAGGAGGAUGAAGAGCCCAGACAGUCUACUGUCACCCUGAUGGAGGAGGAGGGAGAGGAAGAAGAAGAGAAGAGAGAGGAGGAGACGAGGAAGGAGGCAGACAGGAACCAGUGGGAGAACCAGACUUACUGUCCUUUCUCCUCCUUCUCUUCCCUGUCUCUGUCCUGCAUGGCCACCCUGCCGGAGCUGCUCCAUCGCUGGUGCUCUGCCAGGCUGGCCAAGGAGAGACUCCGCAGCCUUAGGCGGAGGCAGCUGGGCAUUCAAACACAGACACACCCUGAUGCGCACACCCCUUCCCUCACACACACACCCCCACUGAUCCCUGCCCCUGUCCCAACACCUCUCAAAGAACCCCUCCCCCUCACAGAAAAAGAUCCAGAGCCCGAGGUGCCUGUUGUUAAGGGCCAAAAUGAGGGCAAAAUCUUGGGUGAGGGGCACACCACACAUCCCAACACUCACACCCCUGAUGCACACACUCCAGAGCUCAACAUCAUCCUAGAGCCAAGUAGAACCUCCACCAUCCCCCCUCACAGUUUCUCAGACAUCCAUAGUUCCCUGACAUGGCCUACCCCCACCCAUGAGGAGAAGCUACUUCCUCCCAUUAAAGACGCAGCCCUGGACCCUGUUCCCACUCCACCCCUCCAAGUCUCAAUCCCAGAGACACAACAGGCCAGCAGUGCCACCCCCACCCUUACUGUCAGCUCUUCCACACAGCCUGUGGCCUCUGAGACUGCCUCUCCUGGUGUCGUGGUUCCCCCUGUCAAGGAGCAGCCUGUUCAGCCUCUUCCCACUGCAUCAAGGCCUGACGACCUUAUCCCCCCUCCCACUGAACUGCCAACAGCUCUCCCCCUGACUGACACUCACACAGAAACAGUAAAGUCAGGCGCCGACAGUGGGGACUCACAGAGACACAGUGUCCAGGCUUCUCAGACUCAUGUGGAGCAGGGGGACUCUCUCACUCAGACUGGAGAGCCGCAUCGGGUGGAAGACACGGUGGACGAGGACCUGCUAAGCACUAAUGGGAAUGGAAAUGUCCACCGAACAGCUACAGACUUCUAUGCAGAGCUGCAGAAUGGAGGAGAUUAUAGUGGGGGAGCAGUGAACGGGAACAGCGUGUUAUUGAACGGGGGAGCGGUUCAUGGCUCCAGCCAGAAGGAGAGUGUGUUCAUGAGGCUGAACAACAGGAUCAAAGCCCUGGAGAUGAACAUGAGUCUGUCCAGCAGGUACCUGGAGGAGCUCAGCCAGAGAUACCGUAAACAGAUGGAAGAGAUGCAGAGAGCAUUCAAUAAGACCAUCAUCAAACUGCAGAACACCUCCCGCAUUGCUGAGGAGCAGGACCAGAAGCAGACAGAUUCCAUCCAGGUCCUGCAGAGCCAGCUGGAGAACGUCACUAAACUGAUGCUCAAUCUCACCGCUACAGUCAGCCAGCUGCAGAGAGAGGUAUCUGACCGUCAGAGCUACCUGGUGGUCUCUCUGGUUCUGUGUCUAUCUUUGGGCCUCCUGCUGUGUCUGCAGUGCUGCCGCACCUCCUCUCCAAGCCCUAACACCAACGCUGUUGCCCUUCCCAAGAGCAACCACUACCCCAGCCCCAAGAGGUGCUUCUCCUCCUAUGAUGAUAUGAGCCUAAAGCGCAGGGUGACCUGUCCGCUUGUUCGCUCCAAGUCGUUCCACUUGUCCUCUACAGAAGUAGGUCCAGAUGACUUGUACAUUGUAGAACCUCUAAGGUUUUCUCCAGAGAAAAAGAAAAAGCGCUGCAAGACAAAGUCAUUGGACAAGAUUGAGUUUCUGAAGGCAUCCGAUUCCUCUGCUUCGCUCACAAAUGGGGGUCCACGGUGCAACGGCUUCACACCAUGUCUCCCUGAGCCACCACCACCCCCUCCUCCCCCUCCCCCUCUUCCUCUUCCUCCUCAUCCUCCACCUUCUCUCCCACCGCCUGCCCCUUCCUCUGCAGAGGAGGUGUCAUCACUGCCCACUUGCACCUUCAAGGAGUUCCCCUCAGAGACCAGCAGCUGCAGCUCGUCCACCCACUCUGAGGAGUCCUACACAAGCCCUCCCCCUCCCUCUCCCAUCUUCCCCUCCACUGGCCUGUGCAAUGGGCACAGCCUGCCUUUCCCCCUCCAGCAGCCUCCCACCAAGUCCCGUCAGGAGAAACGCUCGAUGAAGCGGCGGAAGUCGCGGCAGACGGAGCUGCAGUUCCCUUCCAUGGCGGGGGGGAGCGUCAGUUCUCUGCCCAGCCUGCAGCAGCUUAUGAAGGGAAACAAGGAGAUCAGUGUCGGGACCAUCGGGGCGACAGCCGUCACCGGACAUGUCUGAAUACUCACACUUCACUUGUACACAACUUUCUAUUCACAACCACACACACGUGCGCACACACACACACACUAUAUGGUAGCAGACUUGCGUAGUAUGGAGUUGAGGUGUUACUGCAUCCCAAAGAACCACAUUUCCUAUGAGCACCCAGGCGCACCGUGGAACUGAAGUGGCUACGGCAGCAGUAGCUCAACAUCAUCCAGUCCUUAUCCACUCCUGUCAAAGACCUGUUUACGGUUAUGUGCCUUUAUAUCUGUUCUUGACCUUUUAAUGCUAAAAACAUGAAAUUUAAAGAAUUGUUUGUGUGGACAGAGAGAGACACUGUGGUGGGGAGUGAAACAUUAAUACAAGUCAAAUCCAUUGAAGUGUGUUCAAGAUGUUUUUUCUACUGGAUAAGCACAUUGUCCCAUGACAGUUGAGCGCCAGUGAGCUUUUAUCCCCACUUUGAGCACAGUGAGGAGAGGUGCUGGCCUCAACUCUACGUUCCUUCACCUUCGGGGACAUCACAAAGUAUUAGGCUGCUCUUUUGAAUGAAAUGUGUCGUUAUGAGAGAACCCAUGGAGUAUAACAAACUACUUCUCUUAUCCUUAUUUCCUUCUGCCUUCCAUUGCCAUCGUUGUAUCCAUACUGUCUUUGUAUUGCAUCCUUACGUGACUACAGGUGUUCGUAUGGGACCAGAGUGUUCAACUUUCUUUGUACACCAGACUCUCUGUUUCUGUUUCUCUUCCUCUUCCUCUGUCUCUGUCAGUCUGUUCCAAACCAACCCUCCGAGCUGAAUGAAGAACAUAAUUUUGCAUGGGGUGAAACGGUCUGAAUGUGUUAGUCCUUUCAAUUUAGUGUCCCAUUUAACCUCAUAUUCCAAAUACAAUUGCAGCAGUUUGUAGAUCCCACUAGUCACUAGUUAACAAUGAAAUGUUCUAUGAACUCAGUUAGUUUGGGCUGGGCCUGAAAGCUUGCUCACACAUAAAGGGGAAUUGCACUUAUACAGUACAUAUUGUGACUGUGAGGGGGAAAAUGGGUUCAAACAGGCCAGAGGCAAGCCAUGGGGUUUUUAUUGUCUUUCUCUGUUAUAUUUUAUUAUUUCUUUCAUCCAUAACUGAGCCAUGCUUAUCGUUGCUGGUUUGGUUUGUUUGAAUUAUUCUCAAAACCAGUAUGGAGGCAAAAGUUUCCUGUACAGGGUACAGUUUACUGUAGGAGCACAUUGGGUGGCAAAGCUGAAUGUUUACACACACACACACACACAACGUCUAACACACACACAUACACACACACACACAUCCUACUGGGACCCUGCAGCUGAGUCUGACAGACCAGCUUUAUUUAUCUAUUUAUUUAUUUAAAUGACUACAGAUUUUUCUAACCUAGGCACUAGCUUGCCAGUCUCCCAAUCCUGCAGUGUCACAGUAGUUUAUCCCUGUGAAUAUGUUACAUAGAAAUAUUACAGUGCAAUACACUCAACCGUACUAACACAUGACCAUGGGGGAUGGAUCAACUGUGGACAUUUUUGUUUUCUUUGUAGCUUGUGCUCUGACAUUAUAACAGCCCCUAAUUCUGUUUCCCUCAGCCUGAAAUAGCUGACAAGUAUGAUAGCAGUCACAUGUCCUGCAGCAGCUUUUAUGUCAACAAGAUAAUAGUCUUGAUUUAGAAAACCACAGCUUUCUUAGGAUCAUCACACUGCUGCUGUUGUAUAUGUUCCAAGCUGUUGGCUGGUUAAAAGUAGUGGAAAGGGCUAAACUGAGUGUUUGCUUAUUAUUGUCCUGUCUUCUGCGUGCUUGAUUCAGCGUCUUUGUUGGAUCGGUAACCAGCCGAUUUUAACUUGCCCUGUUGAUGAUUUCAUGACUGACCUACAUUAACAUUCAGUUUAAUGUUUAAACACUGUAGGAAGUUGCAGAUGUGAAAAGGGGUAUUCAUUUUUGUUGUUUGUUUAAAUAAUAAAAUUAAAAUGCAUGUUUUUCUUUAUGUAUAUAGUUUCUGACUGGCUCUGUGUGGUUGGACUUGUGUACAUUUUGACAGAGACAGAGAAUUUUCUUCUAACUCCACUCUCCCAAAAGAGCAUUGUUAUCUCUUCUGACCAGCUUCUACAGCUCCUUUUUUCUCUUUACAUAUCUUUAUCUACCAAGUUCACCUCUGACACCCCCCAAAUCGCACGACUUUCUGUGACUGUGAAAAAGUUUUAAUAUGCCUGCUUUUAUUAACCACUCUAAUAUGUUCCCAUUAGGAGCUUAAAUGCUGAUAAAUGCUUUAUCAGCCUACAUGCCUGCUUUCCUGACAAGCUGAUCUUUCUGUGCAUCCCUACUCUCAUUGUACACUCAGUCUUUUAUUCACUUGUCAUUGCUAUUUGACUUUGUGUUCGCCCCACCCUGAAUGAUAGUUGCGGUUUGUGAGAAGAAUAUGAAUUGCUGUUGAAUAAAGGGAACGCAGCAAAGAUAGCUUUGAUUUGGAACACCAUUAAUGUGAUUCUGUAUGUUCCACAAGCCGAGCAAAUCAUCGUUUUUUACCCUUUUUGAAUGUGUAUGAUCUUAUGUUUGUGUGUGUGUGUGUAAACCUGUAUGCAUGUGAGCAUUUUUUUUGUUGUUGAUCUCAUGUAUGUGUGUAUGUCUGUGUUAUGAGAAAGACUACUUUGAAUCUACUUAUCCCGUAACACAGCGAUUAGGGAGAUUGCCCUCAGAGAGAAAUUCUAGGAGCUCAGUGUGCACUUUGUAUGACUCAUGCCUUCUUGUUUUUCUACCUUAUGUCAAGUGCUAUUGUUUCUUUUUCUUUCUCUCACUCUCUCCCUCUCUUUCUCCCUGUGAUUACUCUAAAGAGCUGCACAGUACUUUUGAGCAGGAGUGAGUUACUACAAAAAUGUAGUGCCAUUAGAAACUGUGAAUUUCUAAAUAAAACCUUUUUUGUUGUCUUUCA